CCAGAGGCUCUUUCUGUUUCUCAUCCCACAACAAGACAAGUUCUGCUUCUGUUACAAGUAGACAGUAGUCUAACGAUGAGGUUAUCCACUCGAUGUCUCCAGCAACUGAAUCCAGCCAUGGCUACUCGAAGGAAGAGUAUCAGCUUCGUUGGUCUUGGACGGAUGGGCAGUGAAAUGGCCUACAACCUUUUCGCAUCAGUUCACGCAGAAAAUCCUGAAGCCGAUUUUGUUGUUUGCGAUGCGUUUCCCGAGGCUGCAGGACGCUUUUGUCAAAACCUCAUACACAAUUUCCCCGCGGCGAAACUCGCGGUCGCUACCACCCCACAAGACGCCGUCAUGGCUUCGAGCACGAUUAUUACGAUGCUGCCGUCAUCCCCGCAAGUUCGGUCGGUGUACGCAGAAGCAAACGGCAUCAUCCAUACACUUCGCACUCUUCCCCCCGAGGAGGUCAAAGAUACGCUUUGUAUCGAUUCCACCACUUUGGAUGUGCAAGUCGGGCGCAAAGUUGCUUCCGAUGUCAUCUCGCUGGGUGCCGAAAUGGUAGACGCUCCUGUAUCCGGCGGCGUGACAGGGGCAAAAGCGCGUACGCUUUCGUUCCUUGUCGGGGGGACGGUGACCGGAUUCGACCUCGCGCACCCAUUCCUCACCCGCAUGGGAAAGAAUAUCUUCCACUGUGGACCUUCUGGCUCGGGCCUCGCGGCCAAAAUAUGCAAUAAUCUCGUCCUCGGAGUAGAGCAGAUUGUGGUCUCAGAAGCCAUGCUCCUAGGACAGCGACUCGGACUCAAUCCAGCCAUCCUCGCGGGAGUGAUCAACAGCUCUACGGGCGCAUGUUGGUCAUCCUCUGUGAACAAUCCAGUCGCGGGCGCGCUUCCGGACAAGUCUCCACCAUGCGAGAGAGAAUACGAAGGUGGUUUUGCCACGGCCUUGAUGAUCAAGGAUAUGGGGUUGGCCACGAAUGGGUCGAGUGUUUCCGGAAGCCCGCUGCCAUUGGCGGAAGCUGCCACAAAGAUAUAUGUCGACGCCGUGGAGAGAUACCCGGAGCUUAUUCGGAAGGACUUCUCGUCUGUAUAUACCUAUCUCGAGAGAGCGGCGGAAGAGGGGCGAGGAGUACGCUUUGGAAAGUUGGAAGGGCCGGAGACGGCACGAUCAGAAUCACAAUCAUAGUCAAAGCCUCGUGUGGAGGACGGUGGGGGAAGCUGCAUGUAUAUAUAGUAUUCAUACGAGGAGCGUUCGCAAGGGUGUAUAAAAUUCUGGAAAGAUGGG